UUAUUCUUGAAGGUACUCAAUUCAGUCGUUGUAGUCGGACUUUAUUAUGGAUUUCUUACCACAUUUUCAAUAAGGUCCUCUUAUUUAUUCUUUGUGCGAACUCUGGUUCUGGAAAAAGAAACAAAUACAAAUAAUAAGGUAGCAGCAACCACUGGUUUUAUUAUGGGACAGCUCAUGAGAUUCGUAUCCAUCUAUUAUGCGCCCUUUUAUCUAGCUUUGGGUAGACCUCAUACAAUAACUGUCCUUGCUUUACCUUAUCUUUUGAUUCAGCUUUUCUUGAACACUGAAAAAAAAAUUUUUGCUUAUGCAAAAUUCGAUCCGUGAGCUAGAGAAUAUCUUUGUAUUCCUCAAUCAUCUUAUUUUUCAGUUGCUUAACACUUGCAUUUUACCAAGUUCAACGUUAGCCCGAUUAGUAAGCAUUUAUCUGUUUCGCUGUAAUAAUAAGAUGUUGUUUGUAACAAGCAGUUUGUUUGCUUGGGGAAUGGGACAAAUUUUAGUCAUAAAUUGCUUGGAAUUUUUAGCAGUCUGGAUACAGAAAAAUAAUGUUAUUAGGUCGAUCAUUCGAAAGUACCUAGUGAGAAAUUCUAUAUUUUUUAUUUUAGUAAAUUAUAGUUUUGGAACUCUAGUAUGUAUUCUAAGUAUUCAGUCUUUAGGCAGAACACCCUUACCUAUUCCUACUCAGAAAUUUAGUGAGGUCUCAAAAAUAGAACAAAGGGAAAAGGAAAGGUUGCAAAGGGAGGAAGAAAAAGACGUAGAAAAAAAAAAGAAAUCCGCUGAAAAAGAUCCUUCCCUUUUUUCCGAAGAAAAAGGUAUUUUGGAAAAAGAAUUGGACUUGAAGGUAAAUGAACCAGACUUGGAAGGGUCUGAUUCCGAAUUGGAAAUCCUUGAAAAAAAAUGAAAAUAAAGAACAUAUUGUGGCUCUUCUUUUUGAUUAUAAAAGAUGGACUCGCCCAUUUCGUUACAUAAAAAAUAAUAGACUUGAACAAGCUGUAAGAAACGAAAUGGCACAAUAUUUCUUUGACAUACAUAAAAGUGAUGGAAAAGAUAGAAUAUCUUUUACCCCAUCCGAUAAGUUUAUCAACGUUUUUUCAAAUAAUCAAAACAAAGAUACCCCUUUUGUCACUAGAAAAAGAUAUUUCUAAUACAUUGGACAAUUUUUGGGUUUCUAGAAACAAACAAAAAUUAAAUUCUAUAAAAAUUGAUUUGCUAAAUCGAAUUAAAAAUCUUGACAAACCAGUAGCAGUUCCAAUAAUCGAAAUUGAAACAAACAAAACGCGAUUAUGUAUACACAAUGAUGAGACUAGAAAAGAAUACUUACCAGAAAAGUAUGAUCCCUUGUUAAAUGGGCCUUCCCGCGGAAGAAUAAAAAAAGAUAUCACGUCGAUAAACGAUACUUCGAUCAAAAAGUUGAGAGAGAAGGUUAUGCUAAAUAGACUUCAUGCUUUAUUGUUGAUGUCUACUUUUGAAAAAAAGGAAAAAAAAACCAUUACAAGUUGGUGAGUUCUCAACUUUAUCAUCAAGUUUCAAUUUAACGGAUUCAGAACAACUAACAAAAUUUUUAGUAAAUGCAAUUGAGACAGACGAUAAAAAAUCUUCUGCAAUAGAAAAAAUAGGUAAAGAAGAAAUUGGUAAAAAAGUCCCCCGAUGGUCAUACAAAUUAAUAACUGAAUUGGAACAAAUAUCGUAUUUUACAAAUCCACCAGAUGAUCAUGAUAUUCGUUCAAGAAAAGGGAUCAGUGUAUUAAUUUUUGAAGAACCUAAGACUCUCAAAGAUAAGACUACAAACAAAGAUAAGAAUACAAAAGAUACAAAUAUUCAAGCUAUAAAAUCCGACGAUAAUGAGAAAGAUAAAAAUAUUAAAAAGAAAAAGGAAGAUGAGGAUAAUAAGCUUUUUUUAUUACGAUAUCCGCACCAAUCUGAUUUUCGCCAAGGCUUAAUAAAAGACUCUAUGCGAACUCAAAGACGUAAAAUAGUUAUUGAGGGACUUUUUAAAGCAAAAUGCGCAUUCCCCUCUUUUUUUUGACAGGAUGAGGAAAAAAACCUUUUUUUCUCUACCAUACCUGGCUCAACUGAAACGGCUUUUUAGAAAAUGGUCAUCCAUAAAAGAGUUUGGGAUUUUAGAAUCUACAGAGGAAAAAAAAAUAAUAAUAAAAAGAGAAACCAAAAAGGAAAAAAAAACGACGAGAGGAAAUAGAACGGUUAGAGAUAGGGGAAGCCUGGGAGACUUUUCCAUAUACCCAAAUAAUAAGAGGUUUUUUAUUAAUAACCCAAUCAAUUCUCAGAAAAAAGAUUCUAUUACCUUCAUUCAUAAUCGGUAAAAAUAUCGGGCGUAUGCUACUAUUUCAAACUCCUGAAUGGUCUGAAGAUUUAAAGGGAUGGAAUAGAGAAACGCAUGUGAAGUGUACUUAUAAUGGUAUUCCGUUAGCUGACAAAAAAUUUCCGGAAAAUUGGUUGACAGAAGGUAUUCAAAUCAAAAUUUUAUUUUUCUGUCUCAAACCUUGGCACGAAUAUAAAUCGCUAAAUUCUCGUGAUGACUUUUGUUUUUUAACAGUUUGGGGAAGGGAAACAGAACACCCUUUUGGUCAUCCACGACAAAAACCUUCGUUUUUUAAGCCUGUUUUUAAGGAACUUUACAAAUUUGUAAAAGUAAAAAUUAAAUUUUUAAAAAAGUUUUCAAAAAAAAACACAAGUUCAAAAGAAACAAGAACAAUACACCCGAGUGUAAUAAAAAAUGAAAAAGAUGAUCUAAUAAAUAACCAGAUAAUGAAUCAACCCUUGAGUAAAAUUGAAAAAAUUACAGAUUGGAAAAAUUAUUCACCGAUAGACAAAAUGCAGGCUAUCACUCAUAGGACAAGUACAAUUAAAAAAAAACUAGAAAGAAUUACGGAAGAUAAGAAAAGGGUCACUCUAGAACUUGAUAUGAACCCUUACAAAAAAAGUUCGAGAUUAGCCUUGUCAAAAAAUUUUUGUCAAAUGUUGAAAAAAAAAAAAAAAUAGAUUAAUAUAUAAAUUUAAUUAUUUUAUAAAAUUAUUUAUUCAAAGAAUAUCUAAUUGUAUUUUUUUAUAUACUAUAUCUAUUUGCCAAAUGACUCAAAAAGUCUUUGUGGAAUCAACAAAAAUGAACUCUCUUUCAAAUUCAAAUAUAAAAACGCAUAAUAAUAAGCUUUAUAAGGAAAAUUCAGAGAGUUUUGGUGAUUUAUCCAACUUGUCACAAGCAUAUGUAUUGUACAAAAUAUCAGAAAGGGGGUUUUUUGAACGUACGUAAUUUCAUAUCUGUUCUUCAACAAAAUGGAACAUCUUUCUUGAUUAAAAAGAAAAUAAAAGACUCAUUUCAUACACAAGGAAUACUUCCAUCUGAAGGAAUAAAAAAACAACUUAAGCGGCCUAGAACGAGUCAAUGGAAAUUUUGGUUAAAAGGGAAUUCUCACUACGAUUUAUCUCCUAAUUUCUGGUCUGCCUUAAGAUCACAAAAACAAAAAUGGAGAAAUAGGGCGAAUCGCUAUCGUAGGUCUAAACAAAAAUAUUUAGACAAAAGGACUUCCGGUAAAAAAUUAAAAUUAAAUACUUACAGGAAAACAAAAGGAUGCUAACUCAGUCUUGAAUAAAAAAACAAAAGAUAAUUUUAAAAAAAUGCUAUCGAUAUGAUCUUUUAGCAUAUCAAUACAUUCAGUAUGAAAAAAAUAGUGGAACCCCUCCAGGAGCUAAACGGGAAGCAAUUUCUUAUCAUUACAAGAUGUCACAAAACAACUUGUUUGCGAUAACGAAAAAUAUUCCUAUCACUAGUUUCAGAGGAAAAAUAGAAAGGUUAAAUAUUCCAUAUCCAAAAAAAGAUGUCGAUAGAAAAUAUUUGAAUUGGAAAAAAUAUUGAUUUUUCUCUUAAAAAAAAAGCGAAUAUUGAGUCCUGGAUCACGGGUAAUUAUAACAAUACUCAAAAUACUCCAAUUUUCACUUACAAUUAUCAAUUAAUUGAUAAAAUGGAAGAAAUUUUGAAAAUUGAGCAAAUUUUUAAAAACGAAAAAGAUCCUUUUGCUCUUUUGAUUCAGAAAAAUACCGAAAUGAAUCGACUCCAUUCUAGAAAUUCUUUAUUGGAUUGGAUGGGACUGAAUGAAGAAAUACUCGACCGUCCAUUAACGGCUGAGGAACUUUUGGUUUUCCCAGAAUUUGUGUGGUUUGUUAAUUUAUAUAAACUGAAACCAUGGAUUAUACCAAGCGAAUCACUUAUUUCAAAUUUGAAUCUUAAUGAAAUGACAAGUCAAAAGACCGGUAAAACUCAGAAAGAUAAAAAAGAUAAAACUGAGAGUAAAAAAAAAGAUAAAGCCGAGGGUCAAACCAAAAGUGAACCUGAGGGUCAAACCAAAGGUGAAACUCAGGGUGAAACCAAAGGUAAACCUGAAGGUGAAACCAAAGGUAAACCUGAAGGUGAAACCAAAGGCGAAACUGAAGGUGAAACUGAAGGUGAAAAGAAAAGUCAAAACUGAGAUAGAACUAGAGUUAUUCAUGAAAAACUAUUUAUUUUUUCAAUUUAGAGAGGAUUUUACUUUAAAUCAAGGCCUUUUCCAAGAUCUCCAAAUCUAUUGUCUCUUGCUUAGAAUGAUAAAUCGAAAAAAAAUGAUGCUAUCAUGGAUUCUAAGGGAAAAGUUAAAUUUGGGUCUAAUGCCACAGAUGGAUCAGAAAGAGAGUGUUCCAGAUUCAAAAAGAAAUGUUCCAGAUUCAAAAGAGAGUGUUCCAGAUUCAAAAGAGAGUGUUCCAGAAUUUUUAAAAAAGACGGGAUUUUUGGUCGACCCCCUUCCGCUGUCUAUCAAACCAAAUGGAGAAUUUCUUAUGUAUGAAACGAUAGUUAUUUCGUUGGUUCAUAAGAGUAAACAAAUUCUUAAUAAAGAAGACGUAAAACAAAGAAUAAUUCGCGCUCGAGAGAACAAUAAUUGUGAUCCGCUUCUUAUUGAAAAUAUUUUAUCAUCUAGGCGUCGUAGAGAAUUAAGAACUCUAAUUUGUUUCAAUUCACACAAAUGGAAUGGCGUGGAUGCAAAUUCUCUAGUUUCCAACAAAAAUAAAGUUUGGGAAGAAAGCAACCCUGGGCCUAAGGAUCAAAA